CGACCGUUUGUCCGUGCGGCAACCAAAAUUUGAAAUGUCAGACUCUUCAUACUUUUUAAAUAACUUGACUGUUACAUUCUUCUUCAACAAAUCACCUUCUCCAUUUCUCGUACUCUUCUUUUCCACACCAGAGUGAGGUCUCACCAACAACAACGGCCAUGGAUUUUGCAUUCUCAAAAGAAGAGGUGGCUAUUGACGAGGGCCUCGGGAACCCGAAGCUCUGUCGAAAUCCCGGUCCAGGUCUAUACAGCCAUGGCCCUCCUUUCACCUCCACACCCCAUAUUCUGCAGCAACAUGAGGCUCUCAGUGCAAGGGAAUUGGAUCAUAUAUUCCCAAUUAUAGACCCCAAAGCAAAACCAACCACCAAUCACAAGGUUAUGGUUAAUUCUUCCAACUCAUCCCAUAUGGAAGGGUUCUCUAUUGAUAGACCUCCAUUCUUUUUCAGAAAUGAUUACUUUUAUUAGAAAAAUAGGAUGACAUGGUUUUUAAAAUCCAUUGAUCUUUGGGAUGUGAUCGAAGAUGGUCCCCAUAUGCCAACUAAAAUUGAGAAUGGAGUUGUUGUAUCUAAACCUAAGCAAGAGUGGGAUGAGGUUGACAGAAAGAAAGUUCAAUCAAAUGCGAAAGUUAUCCACUAUU